AUGUCAACGUGUGUGUGCAAUUGCACGUGCUGCAAGCAACCGGACCGUCGCACUGGCGCAUGCUGCGCGUUGGACAAGAAAUGCGAUUGUUCGUGCAGGUGCUGUCAAACAAGUAGCAAGUGCAGUCAACCAGGAAGCGACAGGGCGAGCUUUACCCGCAUCGUCGAACACACACUUUUGGCUUCGUCCGAGGAACCAGUGACGAAGGUGACGCAGGAGAGAGUGGUCAUCGAGGGCGACGACGGGAAGACCGUGACAUCGACGGAAACCGAGUGCCGCACAAUGUUUGCGCCAAGUUCCUCAGAACCCGAAAAGGUCUCGUCGGAUGUGACGAUCACGUCCGGCGAGGCAGGGGGAGCGGAGCAGAAAAGUAGCGGAAAAUGCAAGUGUGUGUGCUGUUCCGACAGCUCCUGCGCAUGCACUUGCACCUGCUGCAAGGAAAGAUCGCCCACUGGCCGAUGUUGCCGCACAGGUGAAGGACAAACGAAGACCGGAGACAAGGGAUGCAAAAAGUGUAUGUGCUGCUCAGCAAGCAAGGGCGCAUGCGCUUGCCCGUGUGCGUGCUGUGCGCCGUGCACGUGUUCGUGCGCCUGCUGCAAAGACAAGAAGAAAUGCUCCUGCUGCUCCGACGGAGAUCAGGGCCGAUGUGGCUGUUCUUGUGCUUGCUGCAAAAAGACGGAAUGUCAAUGCUGCAAAUGCUGCACAAAGACAUGCCCGUGCGAAUGCCAGUGCUGUCGAGUCUCGAGAGACAAGACGGGUGCAUGCGGAUGCGACUGCGCGUGCUGCGCGAAGAGCGGCGCAGUAACUGGCGGCUCUUGCUGCGCGAGCAAGAAAAGCCAGGCCCAGAAAGGUGCGAUGAUGCGUGGCGGCGAAAGAGGAAGGGAAGAACGUUUAGGGACAGCGAGACACAGAGAGAGAACGCCAAAAGACGAGGAGAGAAGCGGUGACCCCGUGAGAAAGGCAGCUUCGUCUUACCGCGAGAAAAUGUGUGAAAUGAUGGCCGGAGCAGAUGACGCUGUCUCUCCUUGUCCAUACUUUUCUUCUGUGCCACGUGAUUUUGUAAAGAUCCUCACGUGCAAGACUGGAGAACAGGUGAUUUUGCGUCGGAUGGAACUGUCCGACUACCCUGCGGUGCGUGUGCUGCUUCCGUCCGUCUCGCGGUGCCCAACCACCCUGUCAGAUGCACAGGUUGCUUCGAUUCUUAGUCUUCCCGUUUUCUAUGCCUGGUGCUGUUUCAGCGUGAAAAACGCGGAGAGCGAAGGAGGAGACGAGCGGGAGAGAGAAGGAGAUCUUCUCGGCUACUGCGAAGUCCUUCUACAGCCGCACUUGGGCCGGAAACCAGACGGUCGUCUAGAACGCGUCGUCGUCAGCGAGCGGUUCCGAGGCCGAGGUUUGGCGACAAAAAUGUGCGAAGCAGUCGUUCAAGAAGUCCGAGAGAGGGACUUGUGUGGCCGUCUAGACUUGACAGUCGAAAAACUUGAGGCUCGACACAUCUAUGAGAACAAACUCGGGUUCAAGGCCGUGGACACCUCUGUCCUGCGUCUCGAGUUCUAG